UUCACAUGGAGGUCAUAAAAACAAUCUUGGAAUAGUUUGUUUGUAAUUUUCCACUGAAUAUAAUAUAUGUACUUCUGAAAAUUAGUGUCGCUAAAUGAAAAGUUGGAAAAGAAAAGAUUUAAUAAAGAGUAAUUAUUUAAAUUUUCUCUUUGAUUGAGUUGACCUUUAAAAAGUUGUAAACAUAGUAACCCAGUGGUAACCAUAGAUUAUUUAGCGUAAACAAAUCUGAAAAAGCCUAAAGGUCAUAUCUAAACUGCACAGCAAUAUGCCUCAAUCUACGCCAAAAUAUCAGCUAGCUCGUUGUGUGAAGUAUGGUCCACCUGAACGAUCUGAUGCUGAACUAAGAAAACUAGAGAAAUCGUUCGUCCUGGACUGUGUUUUUGUGGGCACGCUUUCUGAUGAUUCUGGACGUGCUAAUCCGAAAAUGGCAACGGCAAUCCCACCGUACAAUGGCCAGAAAGACAAGUUUGCUAGAAGAUAUUUUGAAUCUCCUACCAUACAAAAAAUACUAAAAAAAACUGGUCAGGAUAUGAAUCAAGGAGAUUCUCUGUGUGGAAAACAAAUGGAUAGAUUUUACAUAACUGGAAGCAUGGGAACCAACAUCCGCUUAAGGAAUCAGAAUGGGGCAGGAAACUCACAAGAAAUCAUAAGAGGACACAGUAUGUUUAUGGAAAAUCCAAAACCAAUCGUUGGUUAUCAUGGUCUAUAUGGAUUUCGCAGAAAUACCCCUUGGCUUCGUCAAAAACCUUCUGUAUUUAUAGGUAAAGUUGACAAUCGUUCUGUGGUCCCUUGAGAUUUGAUGUAAACGUCUCUCUUGAUGUCAAAUUCCUUUUUGAACUAAAGUAGUAAAAUGGUUGACCACAGAUCACAGAAAAUUGAAAUUCCUAAUUAGGAAUUACUAACAGGAACAAUCUAAGAUGUUCUGUAGGACAAAACAUACUACAAGACUUAUAAAAUAUAGAACUAUAAGACUAAAUAUAAAACUUCGCAGUAGAUCGAAUGUUAUCUAUCAAUGUUUUAUUCCGUUGCAAUUUCGGAAUGAUUAUCUCCAUGCGUGUAUAUAGGGUUGAUUUACUUCUUCUAACAUUUUGAAAGCAUUCAUUGCGUCUUAAAUUUAGGAGCAGACAAACGGACUCUGCCGAGUGGAAUGAUAAUUAUAUACACACUGGUCUUAAUUGCCCAAUUCAGUACGAUUUUCUAUUCUUUCUUCUUUAAAUUUGACAAAAAGAUUCGCUCUGAAACUCAGAAAUGGCUUUCGGAAACUUUUUACUAUACCAAGAAAAAAUAUACAUAUACUGUAUUAGACUAAAGAUAUUUAUACUGUUCACAUUGCACUUAGGUACAAAACACAUUUAAUAUAGACAAUAACGUUUAACUUUUUAUGGUAAUUUUUAUGUACAUAUUUCUAAUGCCCAAGGAAAAAAAGAUUAAAAAAAGAUAAGGUC